UGCCAGGGGUAAUUUGAAAUCAAUUUCAUCCCGCCAGCCAAGUAAUCUGAAUGCAAUUUCAAGUUACCGGGAGGCAAUCCGGAAUCGCUACACCGUGUGAUUACCUCCGGUGUUCAGUGUUGUGUUAUUGUUGUUGAUAUUAUUUCUAGUAACGCAAACACUCUGAACCUUUGCAUUCAGAUUGCAACUCCUGUUUUCAAAAUCCAUUGUAGAUUUUAAUAACUCUGGUGGUCAAUAAAAAUAAAUAUCAGUUAGUCUUGGUUAAACAAGCACACUGAGCUAAGAAAAGAAAUAAUUACUCCCUUUAGUAACUUCAGUUUAGAGGCCUCUUGUGGAGUUAGUGAAAAUGGAAAACAUGGCUGGUGAUGGAACUAAUUCUGAAAAUCAGCUUUUUAAGAUUCUCGAAAAUGAAAUUUCUGCCGAGCAGUGGAUGAGAUGGAAGCAGAUGAAGAAGCAGGCUGGUGACCUACUGGUUAGCUCUGAUGAAGAAGAAGAGGAAAUUAGUGGAUGUCUGCCAACAUCUAGUACAUCAUCUAAAACUGCAGAGUCCUCUACAGUUGCAAAAGAACCUGGAAAAGUUGAUACCAAGGGAUAUGAAGGUUCAAUUGAAACAAUGGGUGUAAAAUUGUCUGGUUUUAAUACAGACCUUACCCUAAAAUUCCUGAAUGGUCAAAUUACAUUUAAUGAAUUCAGUACUGAAAUGGACAACCUUCACCAGGUUGAAAAUACAAGGGAGACAGAAGUAGAAACUGAUGGGGAAGAUCUUGAAGCUGGUGUUACUGAACAAGAAGAUGAUGAAGAUGAUGAGGAAGUUGAUGAUGCAGGAAUGAUCGUGGAUAGUAAAGAUGAAGACUGGAGCCCAACACCUACACCCCGUAAGAAGAAAGGAAAACGUAUCCGAAAACAGCGUCGCAAAAAAACUGAACUACCUAAACAUUUACAAGGUUUAAUGGGAGAAGCUAAUCUGAAGUUUGCCCGUGGAGAGCACCAAGAAGCUAUUAAUAUGUGUCUUGAAGUUAUUCGCCUUGCUCCACAAGCUAUUGUUCCUUUCCAAACUCUUGGCAUGCUUUAUGAAGAAAUGGGUGAUUUGGAGAAAUCUCUACAAUUAUAUCUAAUAGCCGCUCACCUGUGGCCAAAUGACCCAGAGGAAUGGGCACGUCUUGCUCAUAUGUCAAAAGAACUGAAUAACCCCAGGCAAGCUAUUGCUUGUUAUAGUAAAGCAAUCCGGUGUGAUGCAUCGAAUGCAGAUUAUAUUUGGGCGAGGUGCAAUUUAUAUGAACAAAUUGAUGAACAUUCAAAAGCUUUGGAAGGAUACCAAAGCAUUCUUCAGUUAAUGACUGCUGGUGGUGCUGAUGCUGAAGAUUACUGGAGACUGGCUAGGGAUACUUCACGGGCUUAUCUUGAAGCUGGCGAUCUGUCUACAGCUUUGUCUACAUUACAAAAGGCUUGUAAAAAUUACCCAAAUUUAAUCACAUCAGAAGAUAUUAAUACCAUUCUGGAGAUGCAGAUAUCACAGAAGAUAUUUGUUGAAUCUCUUGAGCUGUUGGUGAAAUUCUGUGGUGUUGUUUUUGAAUUUGAAAAAUUUAACUGGAGUUGUGAGUCACUUUAUGUUCCCGAUGGUUUGGUUGAUGGACGAUUAAUUCCUGUAAAGUGUACAGCACCUGAAUUACUACCAAUUGACCUCCGAGCAAAGCUUAUUGUCUGCAUGAUUCAUUUGAAGCAUCAUAAAAUUGUUGAGCCUUUGAUGCAGCCUUUUUAUGAAGAAAAUAUAGAACAAGUUGGAGACCUGUAUCUAGAUAUAGCAGAAGCAUAUAUGGAAAAUGCUCUUUACUCAGAGGCUAAAUCUCUGUUUUCAGUUCUUGUUCAUUCAACUACAUACAAUGAGGCUGCUGUUUGGCUUAAAUAUGGUGAAUGUCUUAACUGUUUGGGUGAACUUGAGAGUGCUGUGAAUUCUUAUCAAAGAGUGGUUGAGUUAGCACCAAGUCACACUGGCGCUCGUAUAUCAUUAUCUGCUCUGCAACAGCAACUUGGCCACUCUAGAGAUGCAGUUGAAGCUCUCACCAUACCAGGUUCAUCAGAUUCCAAUCCACCUAAACGAGACCACAUAUUGCUGGUUCACAAAUGCCACUUGCUUUAUUCCCUUAACCGUUUUGAUGAGUUCUACCAAUGUGCAAAACAGUUACUUUUCAGUCAUGUCAGAGAUGAAUGGAAGCCAGUCUUCAGAAAAGUUAUAUUUGAAUUUAUGAGUCGAAGAAGCCGUGCUGAAAGUUUAGAAUAUUUUUACCAACACAUUGGGAAGAAAGAAUAUUUUUCAGAAACACUUGUUUCUGCUGAUGAUCUUUGGGAUAUAUUUUUGAUGUUGUGUCGUGGUCUUUGGGAAAAGAAGAUGUACAAUGACCUUUUGGAUGCUUGUAUUCAUGGUUUAACAAAUCCCCAAAUAUUGGGAGAUGAAGAGAAAUAUAAAGAAGCUGAAUUUUUAUGCCUUAUAGCUUGUACUCUCAGUAGAAAUGGCAAGCUGGCAUAUAAUCUUAUUCGAGAAAUUUGUGUCAAGGAAAUCAAUAAUAACCAAGCCUGGAAUCUUUUCAAUCAAGUCAUUAUAUGUUCUUCUGAUGGGCGUCACAACAGGUUCUGUUUACGUCUAAUGAUGAAACAUCCAGACAACGUUGCCCUUGCUUUACUCAAUGCUCAUAAUUCCAUGGUAUCAGGAACAUAUAAACAUUCCUUAGGAGAAUAUGUUAAUGUCUACAGACAGCAGCCCAGUGACCCUUUAGUUAAUUUGUGCAUUGGUCUUGCAUUCAUUCACAUGGCAUGCCAGAAAUUUUCAUCGAAAAAACAUGCCCUCCUGAUACAAGGCCUCUCUUUUGUAAAUGCCUAUACGGAGCUGCGAGGUGAAUGUCAGGAAACCUUGUAUAAUGUCGGACGUGCCAUGCAUCAACUGGGAUUGACUUAUGCUGCUGUAUUUUAUUACAAAAAAGCGAUACAUUGUUCUCCUCCAGUCGGUAAUAAAGGUGGAGUUUUUGAUCUGAGUCGUGAAAUUGCACAUAAUCUCUCCUUAAUUUACCAAACAAGUGGAUCAAAUGACUAUGCUCGGUGGAUCAUUCAACAGUAUUGUGUUGUCUAAGAAGAAAGUAAAGCAAAUAAACCGAGUA